AUGCGGAAAGGGGGUCGCUGCUUCGAGGUCCGCCUCGGCGGCGUCACGCACUCGGUGACCGUCGACCGGUCCGCCUCCGUGCGCGAGCUUCGCGCAGCUGCCGCGCUCGCCACGGGCGAGCCCGCCAGCGAGCUCACGCUUCUCUGUCGAGGGCAGAGGCUGGUGGACGACACUGCAGUCGCAGAUGCGCUGCCUGAUGGGAGAGAGCGCCUGCUUGCAAUCGCACAGCCGCCACCGAUGCGCCGCCGGCUCACCCUCCGCGACCUGUGUGGCGGCUGCGUGCACGGGGUGGAGCCUGAAGACGGUUGCACCGUCUCUGAGAUGUGCAGGGUCGCAGAGCAGUCGCUGGGAGUCGAGCCCAACGCCAACGGGGCGCUCUUCUCGAGGCACGUCGGGCAGCUGCUGAGGCCGGAGCUGCUCCUCUCCGACUACGCCUUGCCCAACGAGUCCGAGGUCUUCCUCAUCUCGCGGUCUGCGGUGGAGGCGGAGGCCAACGGCGACCGGGCUGCAGACCCCAUAGCCGCUGCAGCCUCGGUCGGCGGGCCGGACCCACCCAGGCGAGCAGUCGACGCGCCGAUGUGCCCGCCGCCGCCGCCUCCCACCCCGCCGCCGCCGCCUGGGGUCCCGGCAACGCUACGCACCGGCCUUCGCACGCUGCAACGGCCGUCGGGCCGGCGCUCACUCCCUCUCGCUUCCGGCGCCGCUGCACACGACGACCUAUUUGAGGAGCGCUGCGCUGCGUUGGUCGAGCAGCUCGCGCUGGCUCUCCCCUCCGUGGCCGGCAAGGCGGCAGCGGGCUCCGCCGCUCCUCCCGCGGUCGAGCACACUCCCGCCGCUGAGGCCAAGCCGACCAAGCGUCGCUCCUCCGCGAGGCGGCGUGGCCGGGUGGAUCCGGACGGCUGCAGCUCGGACAUGCGUCCUCCUUCGGCUGCGCCGGCCGCAAUGACGGCGCCCAUGCGCAAGCCGCCCGCAUGCCUGGAGUGCGGGCGGCGGCUGCCUACACUCACGGCGUUCGUGCAGAAUGCCUGCGACUGUGGCGGCUUAUUCUGCGCGGCUCACCUCUGCGCGCACGAGUGCAGCUUUGACCACCGGGCACGGCAGCGGCAGCAGAUUGCCGCUGCAAAUCCAAAGCUAGAGGCGAGAAAGAUGGAGCCUCUCUGA